GAGAAAGUGAGGCUGUGUUGUCGGAGAGGGCGCUCGGUAAGAGAGAAAAAAGAAGCGUACAGCUAUUUCGCAAUCCAUGCGUAGUUUUCCUCUUCAAUAAAUGUCAUUUUUGAUGAAUGGCAGCGUGACGCCCGCUUACACGCCUAGCGUUUUAGGACUAUAUGUCUGGAAGAAUUCUCGUAGUUAUGGUACGACUUUGGAGAACAACGUUCCGUCAAGAGCUGAAGAUUUUGUUAGGUGUCACUUCACACAGUUGGUUUACUACAGAUAACCUCAGCUAGGUUUGUCGUGUUGUGACUUGGAAGCUAAACUAUUUAAUUAAAAUAGCUAAAAUCGGCCAUUGGCGGUUUUUUUUUAAAUAACUAAUUGUAAAGCCAACAGUGGAGAAAUGCAGGAGAAAUUUAGUCCAAGUAUGGGCAGUAUGCGACCAGCUGACGGGCCUGGGACACCGGUUGAAGGGAACGGUAUCAAGGACUUCUCUGAAACCCAGUAUGGAGCGCUAUCGAAACGACGCCUGCUCGUAGGCUUGGACUUACUUUGCUUAUUUGUAGCCUCUAUCCCGUUCUUUGCGUGCGAGCUCAAGGCGGUGCCUCCGUACCGACGGGGCUUCUUCUGUGGCGACGCCAGCAUCACCUACCCGUACUUCGAUGCAGAGGUCAUCCCUGACGGACUCCUCGUCGCCGGGGGCAUCAUCAUCACCGGCCUCACG